AAGGCUGGGUUUCAAUGAAACCAGCAAGCGCAACCAGCAUGGCUGGGUUGGUCGAAACCCAGCCUUGCUGGUCACGCGAACCCAGCAGCUGGGUUUCGACGAACCCAGCAACUGGGUUUCGACGAACCCAGCAAGGCUGGGUUCAGGUGACCAGCAAAGCUGGGUUCGACGGAACCCAGCAAAUCUGGGUUUCGUCGAACCCAGCUACCUAGCUCAUCGGAACCCAACUACCCAACUCAUUAGAACCCAGCUACCCAGCUCAUCAGAACCCAGCCGAUCUGGGUAAGAAAGAAAGAAAGAGAAAGAAAGAAGGGGAAGAAGAGGGAUCUGGGUAGGAAAGAAGGAAAGAGAAAGAAAGAAAGGGA